AUGGCUAACCACGUUAUUCAAUUACAAAAACUUUAUCAAUCUUCCACCAAACCAUUAUGGUGGAGAAACCCAAGAUCUGCCUUCUACAUGUAUCCAUUCUGGGCCUUAUUUACUUUUACUGCUGUUGCUCCAUUUUAUUGGGUCGGUAGAAUGUUGGUUGGUAAAAAAGCUGAUCAAUGA